AUGCCUGUUGGAUCUGAAAAAAGAAGCAAAAUUAAAAAAGCAAGCUCCAAAAGCACCAGCCUACCUCUUGUUCAUGUCAAUAUCAGCCUUCUUGCAAACGAUAUUGGCAAACCUGCGGCCGAUACCCUUGAUGGAGGUCAGCGCGAACAUGAUCUUCUGCUUCCCGUCCACGUUAGUGUUCUGCACACGCAGAAUGUGCUGGAAAUCCUCAUUUGCUACCAGCGACUGCCAUAUGAAAUUAUGAAUUCACCACUCAAGAUUAUGAAACUUGAAUACAUCAUAUCACUUGUUAAAUUAUGGGGAAUAGUUGAGGAUCAAAGCGCAUAA